AUGGUGUUCAGGUUCCCUGUGAAGUUUGAAAUCCCCAAGCAUGUUUACGUAAAUGGAAGGGUGCUCAAAGAUGCUUUCAAGAGAACCCAGGUGGCAGAAUACGAGGUGACAAGAAAUGCCCUCAGGUACAUUGCCAGAAACACCACGCUCCCGCCAAAAGCCCGUUUAGAGGCCCAGUUGCAGCUUGCUUCGAUGCCCAAGUACACAGCACCCACACAGGUCAAAGACCGUUGUAUCGCUUCAGGAAAUUCCAAAUGGGUGAUCAGCGACUUCAAAUUGAACAGAACCGAGUUCAGAAACAGAGCCAGAAGGGGCCAGAUCCCUGGAGUGGCCAUUGGAUCUUGGUAA